GCAGCUCACGUGUAUAGGCGCUCAUAUACGUCACAAUUCCAAGGACAUCAAUUCAUGCAAUGUCUCUCGAUUGCGAUAGAUGCGAACAAUAAGUCUGUAGGUGAUAUUGGAGCGAGUGAAGGUGUGACGCAAACCGGAAAAAGCAGGGGGUGUUGUGGGUGUGCCUAUUUUUAGCCCCAGUGAGGAGAGGAGACACGUAUUCGUCGCAUUUCUCUGCCUUCGCAGGCUGUGCUUUCAUCCGUGCAUCAUGUGACAGGUGCAGCCCCGAAAGCCGACUGCGCACGAGAGGUGAAUACUAAAGAGGUAGAGAUCAGAGAGGUGUUUUGUACAAUUCAAAGAGCAGACAUGUUCUCAUCGUUUUAACAAUCAAGUGAACCCUUAACAUAUGUUGUAAUCCAUUGCAGUGGUGCUGCAAACCAAAAUAUGACAUACGGGUAGAACAUUGAUGAGGAGCAUGUUUAUGUUUUUGCAUGUUUUGGAAAAACUCAAUUAUAUAAAAAAUAUUUAGUUUUAUGUUGAAAUUGAGGGGGUAUAUUUUAUUAUGUGAAGUAAAGCUAAAAGAGAAUCUGGUUUUGAAUGAUGUACUUUUUUAUAUAAGCAUUGAGAAAAGGUCCAUUAAAAUAGGAAAUAUGAUUUUAUUUUUGUAACGCCCAGCUCUACUAUUACGUCUGUCAUUAUAUCGUCAUGUAUUUGUAAACUAUAUAAUGCUUGUGUUUGUAUUAUAUGUGGGAUCAAUUGAUGGUACCUUCUCCAAAACAGCCGUUUCUAUUGGACGACCCAUUCUGGCUUUUUUCUCUAUCUUUGAUUGGCUGUGAGUUUGGAUGGGCGGGUCUUACCAACGACCGUCUUCUGUGGUAGUAGAAGCCGUUGCAGACGCCAAACGGACACUAGUUAUGAACUGUGUGCAGGAUUUCAUCUUCUCCCUCAACGUUUAUUUAAUCUGAAAACCUGAAACGAUCAUAUAUUGGCGUAGAGCCGAUGAGGCGCUUUUAAAAUUGGCUUUUGCAAUUGUGCCCUCUACCCGCAUUGAGUACAUUUGAAGGAGGCGUCAGUCGGCAGCUUCUCCACAAUGCGUCUUAUCGUCGACUCGAGCUCCACCGGCGGCCCAUUGGAGCUCGUCGUCCCAAGUGGAGAGACUGUGGACGGGCUGAGGACGCGCCUCUCUCGUCAACUGAACGUGCACAAGGACAGAAUCGUCCUCCUGCACCAAAACAAGCAAUUGACUACAGGGAAACUACUGGAGCAAGGUGUAGCAGAUGGUAGCAGACUCACCUUACAGGUGCCUGUUGUAGUCGAAGCUGGGUUAUUUUCUUCUAGUGCCAGAGUCAAGAGGAUGGUCGAGGUUCUGGAGAAGUUAACAGAAUGCGAGAUCAGCGAUUUCCUGUCUGGACGUUCACCUUUGGCCAUUAAACUGGCAGUGGGUGUCCACACAAUGCAUGUGCAGCUCCAACUGUCUGCUCAGGAUGUGGCUAAGCUGCAGCUGGACAAAGCCUCGGGAGCUCUUAGCAGCCCACCCCCAAAGGUCAACAUGGCCCGGUCUGCUCGGAGUUGCUGCUCCCCCACUGACAUGACCACCACGUCGGCAACUUCUCCUCCCCCACUCGCAUACUCGGCCAUGCAAUCCAACCCCCGAGCUGUUUCUUCUAUGGACUGCCACCGCCAAGCAACUUCUCAUCACUCCCGUCCACACGCCACUCUUUUAACGCCUUCCUUCCACGCAGCUUGCCCACUUCCAGCCACCACGCCGGUUUGUUUCAGUGACCCCACUGGUGCACCUCGGAGUCCAUUACCUGCCUCCACCGUCAGAGAGUCUUUUCCUUCCUUCACUCCUGAAUCCAUCAAGCAACCGGGUGCAGUCAUAGAAAGUUUUGUCAGUCACUCUCAAGGAGCAUGCUCUGGAACUUUCUCAGGCACUCUGGUGCCGUGCAGUCGGAGCAACGUUAGCCAUCGUCACCGCGGCAUCGCCAUUAUUCUGCAGAUCCUCGAUGACCUCCUCAGAGCUGCCUCACUACACCAAGGGGCUCCGACAUCCCUUUGUUCCACUUUGGACCCGCCAGCACCGGAGCGCAAAUGCAAACAAAGGGCUGAUGAGGCUUGCCAAGUCCACAUAAACUCAGAAGAGAAUCAGACGCUGCACGGCAAGCUAAAGCACUUGCAGUCUCUGUUGGACCAACGGCGUCAUCACAAGCAAAGUCGCAGGAGUUCCCAAUUUUCACAACCAGCUCACCCGUAUCGGCGCCACCAUCGAUAAUAAUCUCCAUGCCAGUGGGCCAGUGGAGUGGACUUGAAGCUACUAUGUGCGUCAUCCCUUGAGCACAUGCUACUUGUUUAUUGAGUUGUGAAAAUAAAUAACUGACCAAACACAA